AGCAUUAAAUUUUGUUUUUAAUGAGUUUAGAUAGCCUAACAAGCGUUUAGCUUAUUAGGAUGCUUAAUUCUUUUUAUUUUUUUUAUCUGUGGGAGUGGGGAAUAAUCACAGAGGAGAAUUGGUCCUCAGGAGUGGUUUGGCUACCGUUUGACAAAGUUCAAACAUUCUAAUUUUGGCGGAAUUAAAGUCAGAAGCGAACAGAUAGAACAAUUUUGAACUUGUCAACACCCCAAUAAUGGGCAACAGCUAAUUCAUAUGGAAUUUGCAGAAAAAAGAGGAAUUCAUCUGAGAAACAAGGAUAGGCUAUCUUUAAUGGGAUCUAAGCUCUGGCAUAGACAAGAGAAAUAAAUUAUAACAAUGAUUUCAACCAUCAUAUUGUUAUGCAUCAUUAUCAAUGGGGGAUACUCUCAAAAGGAUGCCAUAGUGGCCCAAAAUGUGGAAGCAUUUUUCCCUCGCAGGGAAAUCAUCAGUGAACCUCCAUCCAGCUUGGUUCCACCUGUUGAUGCCUCCUUAAAUGGAUCUUCUGCAACAGGGCAUGGUGCAAAUUCUAACACUCACAAAGUUAUUGUGAUAGCAGUUGUAGUUAGUGCACUGUCAACUCUUGUUUUGUCUGGAUUGCUGUUUUUCUGUUAUAAGAUGUUGUUUGGCAAAUCCAAGGUGCGUAAAGAGGAAAAUCCUCUGAUGGGUAUCACCAUAAGAAAUGACUUGUUUCAAAAAUCAGAUGACCCUGUGCUUGGCUUCAAUAAUCUGAGAUUUAUGAACGGUGAUGGUUCACCAGUUUUGAAACCACUUGGUGGUUUUAGAGGUGAUGUUUCCUAUGAGAACCCUUCUUAUUCAGAAGAAAACAUGCCGAGGAAAAGCCAUUCUUUGGCCUUUGUGCCCUAUGGUAGGGAUACCAAAGAAUCUGCCCAGGUUAAUGUUUUUCCUCUUCCACAAAGGGCUGACCAGUCUUCAUCUACAGAAUUGGCCAGAUUACCAACUGAAUCUGAAUCAUCUAGGGCUCGUAAUAACUCACAACCACCACCUCCUCCUCCAACUCCAGAAUUUGCAGGAUCUUCUCCCCAAGUACCGUCUCGGGCCAAUCCUAAUUUACCACCACCACCUCCCCCUCCUUUACCUCCAAGAUUGGGGAAAAACAUACCUGCCGUGCCUAAAGCCAAUCCUAAUUUACCACCACCUGCUCCCCCUCCUCCACCUCCGGGAUUGGGGAAAAACUUACCUGCCGUGCCACCUAAAGCCAAUCCUAAGGCACCUCCACCUCCACCCAGAGGAUCUAAAUCAGCUCUACCUCCAUUAGCACCUAAAGCUGUAGGCACAUUUCCAAGGGGAAGCAAUAUAAGCCCUGUAAAAUCUGCAGAAAAAUCUAAUGUGACUCAGAAAGAUGAUGGGAAUUUGCAGGCCAAGCUGAAGCCUCUGCACUGGGACAAAUUAUCUGCAAAUCCUGAUCAUUCAAUGGUCUGGGACAAGCUAACCGAAGGCUCAUUUAGGCUAGACGAAGAUAUGAUAGAGUCUUUGUUUGGUUAUGCUCCUGAGAAAAAAGUUAAGAGUGUGGCAAAAUCAUCAGUGGCUAUUCCUCAGUCCAGAGAAAAUACACAAAUACUUGAUCCCAGAAAAUGUCAAAACAUUUCCAUAAUUUUGCGAGCAUUGAAUGUGACAAGAGAGGAAGUUUGCGAUGCACUACUGGAAGGUGAUGGCUUAAGCACAGAGCUCCUCGAAAAGUUAGUAAAAAUCACAAUAACCCGCGAUGAAGAAAGAAAAUUGAAAGACUACAAAGGUGAUGUUUCAAAACUUGGCCCAGCCGAGCGUUUUAUUAAAGCAUUGCUGGACAUCCCUUUUGCUUUCAAGCGAUUUGAAGCAAUGCUGUUCAGAGCAACAUUUGAGGAGGAAAUGUCUUUUGUAAAAACAUCCUUCAAGACGAUGGAGGCUGCAUGCACCGAACUUAGAGGCACUCGCCUGUUCUUGAAAUUGCUUGAAGCUGUCCUGAAAACAGGUAACCGAAUGAAUGCCGGGACUAACAGGGGGGAUGCCCAAGCUUUCAAACUCAACACACUUUUAAAGCUAGCAGAUGUCAAAGGAACAGAUGGAAAGACAACUCUUCUGCACUUCGUUGUUAAGGAGCUUGUAAGGUCAGAAGGCAUCCGCAUUGCAGGAGAACGGCCAGACCAAUCUCGGCCUGAAUUAAAUGGUAAAGAAGAAGAAGAAGAAGAUUAUAUCAGAUUGGGAUUGCAGACAGUUGUUGGGUUGGGAAAUGAACUGCAUAAUGUGAAGAAGGCAGCAGGAAUAGAUUCAAAUAUUUUGGCUAAUUCCGUGUCAAAACUCUCCAGUGAACUUGCCAAGUUAAGAGAACUUUUGCAGAAAGAUAUCUCCUCGGAUAGAACAACCACGGGCAUGGAUAGCAGCGGAGGACUAAGUUUCAAAGAGUCAAUGGAAUCCUUUGUGCUUCAAGCCGAAGAGAACAUCAGUGAAAUUAAGACCGAGGAAAAAAGAGUGUUUUCUCUUGUAACAAAAAUUACUUUGUAUUUCCAUACAGAGGCUGCAGGGGAGAAAUCUCAGUUACUUAGAAUUUUUGCUAUUGUGAGGGACUUUUUGGGCAUGCUGGAUAAUGUGUGCACUGAAAUUGGAAGAACCAACAAGAAGAAAACUCCCAAACCAGUGGAGAAGGAAGCGCCUUCUCCUGUUACAAUUCAUAAUCAUAAGUUAUGGCAGUCGCAAUACCUGAAUUCAUUUGCAGUCAAGUAUGAUUCUUCAGACGAUGAAAGUGUUUAUCCAUGACACACUGGAAUCGAGGAGAUGUUUUGGAUAUUGAAUUGUGUGGGUGUUUUUUAAUGCACUAUCCAGACACAUUUGAAGGUCUAACACCCAAACAAGAUUGUAAUAAUGGUGUCCAUACUAUAUAAAUGACAUUAUAUAAGGUAGUCGGUCCUCUACUAUAGAUCCACUGCAUAAAUGUGACUGUUCUGGGUGGCCCUCUACUUACAGUUCCAAUGCAUAAAUGUGACUGUCCUGGGUGGUCCUCCACCAAUAAGCCUUGAUGUUGGGUUGAGAGAGCGAACUCGACCCGUAGAUCUGCAAGCAACUUCCCUACUAUUUGGGACCAAGUCAGUCAGUCAUUGUUUAAGGUCUUUUCAUCUCCCUCUCUGUUUUAGAUCAUUAUAACAUAGCUGAGGAACCCAGAGUUUGUCUCAAAGGCUGCUGCAUGUAUAAUAUUUUCCAUUUGGGUGAUAUUCUGAACUCUUCCAUGGACAUUUUAUUUGUAACCAAUCACACUUUUUUGAUAUCUGUAAGUAGGUUCGUUUGAAAUGAAGACAAUCGAGAGAUUCGGUAAUUAACUUGCAUUA